UAAUACAGAAGGUGUAGGCACGAGAAAGGCAAACAUCGUACACUUCAUUUGCGCGUUCAUCUGCAAAUGCAUUCCGCUCCUUCUCCUCAAUCUUCUUCUCCGAUUCUACCGACAGGACUCAACUGAGACAAUAAAUUUUCAAUCCCCAUUUCACCAAGAAAAAAAUAGACAGUAUACCAAAAAGGAAAAAAACAAUAGGUAAAACGGGGAAGAAAAAGAAGAGAAAAAUGGCAACAGAAGCAUCCGGCGGGGCUGUGAAGAAGAGGCAGAAAAAAGGGAAAAUCGUGCAAGAAGUUACCAAAGUUUCCGAAGCCACUCGAAUUAAUGUGUCCAAGAUUCUUGAAGAGUUCCGUAAAUCUGACGAUGAAGUGUAUACAUUUGAAGCUAAUCUGUCGAAUCGAGAUCGAGCUGCAGUGCAUAUCCUAUGUAGAAAAAUGGGACUGGUGUCCAAGAGUUCUGGGGGCGGUGAUAAUCGACGAGUUUCUGUUUAUAAGACCAAAAAGGAAGUGGGCAAACAGGGGAAGGAAAAUCUUGUUUCUUUCAGAUUUUCAGCAGAAGCAAAAGAUGUUUUACAGGAUUUGUUUUCUCGGUAUCCCCCUGAUGACGUAGAGAUGUCUGAGAAUAACGUUGGAGAAAGUUCUGGUAGAACUGAUAUAGUACAACCAAGAAAAGAUGACAUAUUUUGCAAACCUGCAAUGACCAAGUCUGAAAUUGAAAGUCAGGUGGUAUCGCUUGCUUCAAGAAUAGAGAAUUCCCCAUACUUGAGACAGAUCACCGAGGAGAGGUCUAAGCUUCCAAUUGGAUCUUUCAGGGAUACCGUUACAUCAGCUUUGGAAUCUCAUCAGGUUGUGCUCAUAUCUGGUGAAACUGGAUGCGGAAAAACGACGCAGGUCCCACAGUUUCUUCUAGAUCACGUGUGGGGUAAAGGAGAGACAUGUAAAAUUGUUUGUACUCAGCCACGGCGAAUCUCUGCCACAUCAGUGGCAGAGAGAAUUGCUACAGAAAGAGGGGAAAAUGUUGGAGAUACAGUAGGGUACAAGAUACGGCUGGAGAGCAAAGGUGGGAAACAUUCUUCUCUUCUGUUUUGCACCAAUGGGAUUUUGUUGAGGGUUUUAGUUAGCAAAGGAGCUUUUAAGGAUACUGAAAAUUAUGUCUCCGACUUAACCCACAUCAUUGUGGAUGAAAUUCACGAAAGGGACCGCUACUCUGAUUUCAUACUAGCAAUUAUCAGAGACAUGCUUCCUUCAUAUCCUCAUUUGCGUCUGGUGUUGAUGAGUGCAACAAUUGAUGCUGAACGAUUUUCAGAUUAUUUUGGUGGCUGUCCUAUUAUUCGAGUUCCUGGGUUUACUCAUCCUGUGAAAAGUUUCUAUCUAGAGGAUGUACUUCCUAUACUGAGAUCAACAGAAAACAAUCACCUAAAAUGUACUUCAGAUGAUGUGACAAUGGAGGACUCUAUCUUAACUGAGGAGUACCGAGUAGCUCUUGAUGAAGCUAUUGACUUGGCUUUGUCAAAUGAUGAGUUUGAUCCCCUCCUUGAUUUAAUAUCUUCUGAAGGGGGUCGAAAAAUCUUCAAUUAUCAGCAUUCUAUAACUGGAGUUACUCCACUGAUGGUAUUUGCUGGAAAAGGCAGAAUUGGUGAUAUUUGUAUGCUCCUCUCUUUUGGUGUGGACUGCCAUUUACAAGCCAGUGACGGAAAUACUGCUCUUGAUUGGGCUGAGCGAUUUAAUCAUGUAGAAGCUGCUGAAAUUAUUAAAAAACACAUUGAGAAAACCUUUUCCCACACCGAGGAGGAAAAAUUACUCAAUAAAUACUUAUCUACUGUUGACCCUGAACUAAUUGAUUAUGUGCUCAUUGAGCAGCUACUGAGAAGAAUAUGUACUGACUCAAAGGAUGGAGCCAUUCUUGUUUUCCUCCCAGGUUGGGAUGAUAUAAAUAAAACAAGAGAGCGUUUGCAAUCUAGCCCCUUUUUCAAGGACGCAUCCAAAUUUGUCAUUAUAUCUCUUCAUUCCAUGAUCCCUGCAAUGGAACAAAAGAAAGUUUUUAGACGGUCCCCUCCAGGAUGCCGCAAAAUUGUUCUUUCCACUAAUAUUGCUGAGACUUCUCUCACCAUUGAGGAUGUUGUUUAUGUCAUAGAAAGUGGACGAAUGAAAGAAAAAAGUUAUGAUCCAUAUAAUAAUGUGUCAACUCUUCAUUCUUCUUGGAUUUCAAAAGCAAGUGCAAAGCAACGUGAAGGACGUGCUGGACGGUGCCAACCAGGGAUUUGCUAUCAUCUUUACUCAAAACUUAGAGCAGCUUCCUUGCCAGACUUCCAAGUUCCUGAGAUUAAGAGGAUUCCAAUAGAAGAGCUAUGUUUGCAGGUGAAGCUUCUAGAUCCAUCUGGCAGAAUAGAUCAAUUUUUGCAGAAGACAUUGGACCCACCAAUUCAUGAGACCAUACGUAAUGCGAUCAUAGUUCUUCAAGAGAUCGGCGCACUGACACUUGAGGAGAAACUUACAGAACUUGGGGAGAGGCUUGGAUCUCUGCCAGUUCAUCCACUUACGAGCAAGAUGCUUCUUAUUGCAAUUUUAUUGAACUGUUUGGACCCAGCAUUGACCUUAGCUUGUGCUUCUGACUAUAGAGACCCAUUCACUCUGCCCACACUACCUAAUGAAAAGAAGACAGCUGUAGCUGCAAAAUCUGAGCUAGCUUCACUUUCUGGUGGCCUUGGUGAUCAGUUAGCUGUAGUAGCCGCCUUCCAGGGAUGGAAAAUUGCAAAGGGAAAGGGUGAAGAAUCUCGGUUUUGUUCUCGCUACUUCAUAUCUUCAAGCACUAUGAGAAUGAUAUCACGAAUGCGAAAUCAACUGGAGAAUGAAUUACGACGGAAUGGUUUUCUACCAGAAGAUGCAUCUAAUUGUAGCCUAAAUGCCCGGGACCCAGGAAUAGUCCAUGCUGUCCUUGUUGCCGGUCUUUACCCGAUGGUUGGAAGACUGCUUCCACCUAAAAAUGGUAAGAAGCCCAUUGUGGAGACUUCAAGUGGUGAUAAGGUUCGGUUGCAUCCCCACUCAACCCUUUUCAAGUUAUUGUUUAAAAAAUUUAGCAUUCAACCUUUGAUCAUGUUUGAUGAGAUAACUCGUGGAGAUGGGGGGUUGCACAUUAGAAAUGGUAGUAUUGUCGGUCCGCUUCCAUUAUUAUUAUUGGCCAUGGAGAUUGUAGUGGCUCCAGCAAAUGAGAAGGAUGUUGAGGGUAACGAUAGUGGCUAUGAAGAUACAGAUGUCGAUGAUAGUGAUGAAGAUAAAAAAGAGAGUCAUGAUAAGUCAAAUGCUCGCCGCGAAGAGGACGUUAUGUCCUCUCCUGAUAAUGCAGUUAAAGUCAUUGUUGAUGGGCGUCUUCCUUUCGAAUCAACAGCGCUUGAUGUCGCUCAAAUUUACUGCCUGAGAGAGAGACUCUCUGCAGCAAUAUUAUACAAAGUGACCCAUCCGCGGAAAGUUCUUCCAGAACAUCUUGGAGCCUCUUUGUAUGCAAUUGCCUGUGUUCUAUCGUACGAUGGAAUGUCUGAGAUCUCAUUGCCAUUGGAAACCGUGGACUCGCUAUCUACAAUGAUUCGUGCUGCCGAUAUUGGUCAGUCGAAUGGUAGGAAGAAAAUGGCGACGAAUCAGUAUCCAAAACAUUAUAAGCCGCUGACGAACCAUGGGAAGCACCAGAAUUCUGUCCCAAUAUCAAAAAGGUAGUUCUACUAUUGAUAUUGUAAAGCGUGAAUCCACAUCAGUAGCUUGCAUUCACCAGUUCCAUUCUUCCGGGCAUCACUGAGAUACACAGAAAACUCGUAAAGGUACUGCAAAACCAGAUUUUGCACUGCCAUGAUGAGAUAGUAUUUAAGAUGUUUGGUUUUAUCGUGAUGGCUCCUAGUCGCGUACAAGCAUUAAUCUUUUAUUAAUAUAGCAUUAGUUGUCCGUUCUGCAUGUUGUAAUCAAAAUGACCUCACUAUCCUCACUGAAAAAAAA